AUGGCCAGUGGAGUCAUUAAAUGCAAAGCCGCAGUUGCCUGGGAGCCUAAGAAACCAUUUUCCAUUGAGGAGGUGGAAGUUGCCCCCCCAAAGGCACAUGAAGUUCGCAUUAAGAUUUUGGCCACAGGGAUCUGUCGCUCAGAUGACCACGUCAUGAGUGGUGCAUUAACUGUGCCUUUUCCAAUAAUUCUUGGCCACGAAGCAGCUGGUAUUGUAGAGAGCGUUGGAGAAGGGGUGACUUGUGUGAAACCAGGAGAUAAAGUCAUCCCGCUCUUUGUUCCACAGUGUGGCGAGUGUAGCUCUUGCGUAAGCCCCAAGGGCAAUCUGUGCACUACAAAUGACCUUGGUGCAGUUCGCGGAUUAAUGAAGGAUGGCACCACUAGGUUUACCUGCAAAGGAAAACAGAUUCAUCAAUUUAUUAGUACAAGCACCUUCACUGAAUAUACAGUGGUGCACGAGACAGCAGUUGUCAAAAUUGAUGCAGUUGCUCCUCCGGAAAAAGUGUGUCUGAUCGGCUGUGGAUUUUCCACCGGUUACGGGGCUGCCCUCAAUACUGCCAAGGUGGAACGUGGUUCUACCUGUGCUGUCUUCGGUCUGGGAGGAGUUGGCCUCUCAGUUGUCAUGGGCUGUAAAGCCGCUGGUGCUUCCCGGAUCAUUGGGGUUGACAUCAACAAAGACAACAAAUUUGCCAAGGCUAAAGAGUUAGGAGCCACCGAGUGCAUCAACCCUCAGGACUUCACAAAGCCCAUUGAAGAUGUGCUGAGGGAGCUGACUGGUGGUAAUGGUGUGGACUAUUCCUUUGAAGUCAUUGGACGCACCGAUACCAUGGUAUGUGACCAAAAGAUGUAA